AUGUCAACUAACCUAUUCAGACGCUUUUUCUCUACAAAAAUGAAUGUAAAUAAUUUUGUAAAUACUCGUCAAGAUGGACCUGUUCUCCUAAUCCGAAUCAAUCGAGCCAACAAGAAAAACUGUGUGAACCAUGCGACGGCUCUUCAGUUAAUCGACGCUUUUGAGACUUUUAAUAACGAUUCUACGAUGAAAACCGCAGUUUUGUAUGGAGAAGGAGGCACGUUUUGCGCUGGAUACGAUUUGGAAUCCGUCUCAAAAGCGGAACAUCAAACUGUUGCUGACGAUUUCUUUGACAAGUAUCGAUAUAUGGGCCCAUCAAUCAUGAAAAUCAAGAAACCACUGAUAGCUGCGAUCGAAGGAUAUGCAGUUGCAGGAGGAUUAGAGUUAAGUCUCAUGGCUGAUCUCCGCGUUUCUUCUCCUUCUGCCAAGUUCGGAGUUUUUUGUCGACGAGUUGGUGUUCCGUUAAUCGAUGGAGGAACCGUCCGUUUGCCACGUGUCGUUGGCCUAGGAAGAGCUCUCGAUUUGAUACUAACUGGACGAGAAAUCGAAGCAAAAGAGGCACUGGAAUGGGGACUAGUAAAUCGAAUCGCAGAAGAAGGAAAAGUGAUUGAAGAGGCAGUGAAGCUAGGAAAACUGAUCGCUUCACACCCGGAAAUGUGCAUGUUAGCUGAUAGAGAAUCCACGUAUUACUCUUUGGAUCACACUGAAGAGGAGAGUUUUGCAUAUGAGUUUGAAAGCACAAAGGUUCUAGCAGAGAGUAUCAAAGGAGCGCAAAAGUUUGUGGAACAGCAGAAGAAUCGGAAAUCAAAGUUAUGA